UUGACUGCGGACCUAUACUGCAUCAGCGCUAUUGUUUUUGUGAUACUCACGAGUCUCCCUCUAAAACACCUUUUUCAGAGAGUGCUUCCACAUAUCGCUGCAAACGUUGUGUCUCUGUCUCUUUUACGACUGGGCGGUGAUUUUCAAUCGUUCCUUUUAUCUUCUGGACUUAACAGUGUAAUUAAUCUUCAAACUAUACGCGGCGCCCUCAGCUCUUCUUUUGAAAAGUUUGCCAUCAACGCUGAAAAAGUUUUGGAUGAUGUCCUUUUUCUCAUAUCUGCGGAAACAAUUGCUUCUCGCGCUUCACAAGCUGGUUUAAUAAGUCGUGCAGAGCAGCAGCUCCGAGCUACUUUCCUAUCACGGCUGAACCGCGAUCACAUAUGGGAGGCAGUGUCGUACUUUCUUCCUAAGUGUCCUGUUCUAGCUGAGGGCUCUUUUGGCGACUAUAGCGACACAUCUCUUGCUGCUGCUAUUGACAAUGUAGCUCUAAAUAAUAAUAACGGCAUCGUACAUCGAUAUCGGUCCAUGGUUUUGACGUAA